AUCUGUUCUUUCAUUUUUAAUCGUAACAGUGUGCGAUUAACGACAUGUUUUCACCUUAACAGGCCGCAGUGUCUGGUUCUGACUGGUUAUCCAAACUCUCGACCAGCUCUGCUUCAACUGGUUUAUUCCUUUACCAAGAACGUGGGUCUCAUGGUGUGCGGCCACAUCAAGAAGGUUUCCCGUCGACCGAACUACAAGGAGUUUUUCCAGGAUCACGCUCGCUGUCAGCGCUGGCUCAACGCGAAGCGAAUCAAGGCCUUCUACACCCCCGUGUUCUCCGACAACCUCAGACACGGAACGCAGCUCCUACUGCAGGCCGUUGGUUUGGGACGACUGAAGCCAAACACGUUGGUGAUGGGUUUCAAGAACAACUGGAGGGAAGGCGACAUGAGAGACUUGGAGAUCUACAUCAACACCAUACA